UUUGGAUAAGCGGUUUGUUUACUAUCCGGAAAGACUUUUAUUUCGAACUUGAUAAAUAUAUGGCCAAGUUUGACUGUUGGCAAAAAAUAACUGCUAUUUACGGUCCCUGAAAAAACCCCGAGCACAAAGCAAAAAGUUAUGGAAAAGUAUUCUACAAUUGUGUGAUGUUACAACUGAAUAUUUGCUCUCACAAAAGUUUGAAAAAUAUAUGCCAAAUAAAGACGCUGUUUCAGAGCUAAUAAAUCUAGGAUAAUUGGAAAAGGUUUUGGGGAAAAUUUGGGAAAAUUAUUUUAUGUCCGUAUUCAGCUGCCAUAAAUAUGGUCACCGUAGGUAUAGUACAAUCCUAUGAGGUGAGCAUUAAAAUUCCGACUUUACUUAUUUUGGACAACCCCAAAGUAUAUACAACAGUGAUGCACAGCGCUGGCAGAGCUUCCAAUACAAGCGAAAAAUUUUUGUCUCAGUAUGUGUGUAUUCAACAAAGCAACCUGCGCAUGAACUGGUUACUGCAUGAAGUUGAGAACACAAUAUAACCAAUAUAUGUCAUAAUAUAAUACAAUUAGGGGAUUCACAAAACGUGUUAAGCGUCGUAAAAUCUUAAAAUCGUAAAAUUUCACAAUGGUUAAAAUUUUGUUGUUGUCUUGGAUAGAUAAAGAUAUUAAAAUAAUACAACUCUGCAUGUUAUGUGUUCAGUGUGUUAUAACUGAUCAGCUGAUUUCUGUUUACCUCAUUGUGCUUGUGCUUCUUCUUCUGCGCUGCAUACCAAAGGAAAUUUUUGAAGUCGAAAAAUAAAGAACUUUAAUAUUUAAACAAAUGCAGAACGUUAGUGAAGUAAAGGUAAAUUAAUGCACAUGCAUAUGUAAAUACUGAUGCUGAAUUACUCUUACAAAAUGAAUUUUCAGGCAAAGACAAUGCGGGUGCGCUGCAAUCCUACAAAGAAGUGGGCAGUGGCGGAAAAAAACGCUUUGGUGCAAUUCUUGUUGGCAAAUAGAGAUUUUGAGAGACUAAUAGCUGAAAUUUAUUACACCAGGUUUGUUAUGGAGUAUAAUGUUGUAGUGGAGGGGAAGGCACUGCGCUCGAAUGUUCGCUAUAUGCGCUCUACCUAUAACAAAGCCAAAGGAUGGGAGGACUCAACCGGUUCAGGGAGUAUGGAUGGAGAAACCAUUAAAUCUGUCCUGCUUAAGAAGUGCACCUUCUUUUAUGAAUUAGAAGAAAUUUUACAUCGACAUCUUUAAUAACUGAAAAUUUACCUGAAAUGAUUACUGAAAACGAACGAGUCGCUUCAACGAGCCGCAAGGGCAUAUAUUCAAGAACCGCAGUUUCCGACAUUUUACAAUUUCAGUCAGAAAGCAUAAAAUAGACCGGGACAUGAUUUUGAGGGAGAAGGAGAUAGAGAUUAGGCAAAGGGAAUUAGUGCUAAAAGAAAGGGAAAUAGAACUUAAAGAAAAGUAAGAAUAGAUACCCAAAGAUAAGGAAAUGGAAAUGAAAUGAAGAGAACUCAAUAGCCAAGAAAAAAUCAAAAUUACGGAAUUAGAAAUGAAGGAAAUAUUGGCGAUGGAAGAAUUUAAGCGUAAAUAAACAAACAUUCUGAAAAAGUGCAGAAGUCUAAAGUUAAAAAAAAAACGAAGCGUUAGUGUUAUAAUAAUAACUGAAACUAAUAGGAAUAAUUAUCACACAUUUUAAGUUUUAGCGAAUUUACAUACAUCCCUAUGCAGUCACUCACACUCAAAUUGAGACAGGAAAUUCUUUAUAAUUGUAUAGCGCAUUAUGGCAUUUUUUUAUUACAUAUUAGUAUUUCAUAACAAUAUAUCGAGGGCUUAUAUUCAAUACCUCUAUCUGCAAUUAUCACAAAAACUACUUUGUUACAACCCAUCUGGGACGUACCUGUCAUCACUGAUCUUAGACUUUGCAAUGCAAUAGUAAAUGCGUAUGUCAAGCGUUAUACAAGGUCAGCAGUAACAUCACCGAUGACAGUUAAGUAUUAGGUAGAUUUUUAUAUCAGAAUCUAAAUUUUGCAGAAAAGUGCAGAUAGAGGGUAUUGAAUAUAAGCCCUCGAUAUGUAAGUACUUCAAUUCAAACGAUGACCAUCAAAGGCCAGAUCUUUACUCAAAACUUUGGGAAAUACAAGAAAUAUCUAUACUAAUUGCUAUCUUGCAAUAGGUAUGCACUACUUGGUACUCGAAAUAAUUUAUAAAAAAAUUUAACUUUUUAUAAGUUUCCCAAGGAUUUGCAUAA